GAAAGCGUUUGUCUGGAGUUAGAAAGUUCUGUCCUUCAACAAACCCUUCCCCAGGGUUCUUCUCCCUGUGACCCAGCAGCCUGACGUCUCGUCUCCGCCACGCUUGCUUAUGAAUAAAGAACUCUAGAGUCGUGUGUGCACACACACCCAAACACACGCGCACACACACACAUGCUUUUUUCUGUUCCCCUCCUUCGUGUUCUGAAGCCUGGGGAAAAUCGGUGACAGAGGUGUUUCAGUUUUCAUUGUUGUGUGGGUUUUCGUUUCAUUUUUUUUUGUUUUAUUUUUUUAAAAAAACAUUCAAAAGCCAUUAAUGAUCAGAUCUAGGAAAAAAAGUAACCCUGACUAGGAACAAAACUUUUGAAUGCUGGAUUCCAAAAACAAAAAAAAAAGUUAUCUGGACAGCUUCUUUGAGACUAUUUAAAAACUGGUUCAACAGGUCUCUACAACGUCAAGAUCUAACUAAGCUUUAAAAGGUCAAGAAGUUUUAUGGCUGACAAAGGAUUUGCUCCAGCGCAGACGACCUUUCCCACUUUAAGCUUCUGGGGAUUUGGGAAUUUCACCCCCAUUCUUUUCCGUUUGUCUGAGUUGCAUCUCUCUGCGAUCAAGGGCUGGAAUAGUUUUCUUUUGUUGUUUUGAGGGAGUGGAAUGGGGGCUUGAGUUUGGCGGGCAGCUCUGACAUACGUAUGUCUUACUGGGCCCAGCUGAGCGGUUAUUAUCGCCUCUUCUGUGGGUUCGGCUUUUUGUUGGUUUUUGUUUGGGUAUGGAAUGGGACUAUGGAUAGCAGCCUCCGGUGUACUUAUUUUAACAAAAUUAAUUGUUCAACAAUGGAGAGGUAGACGUGACCAGCCACAACUUUCUUCCCUUCUCUUUUUGUUCUGCUCAGAACCAAAAAGCAGCCCUUCCAUCAGCAAACCUUGGGAUAGCUGGGAGUAUGGCCACCCUGCUCCACGAUGCAGUAAUGAAUCCAGCAGAAGUUGUGAAGCAGCGCAUGCAGAUGUACAACUCACCCCACCGGUCAGCCCUCAGCUGCAUCCGGACAGUUUGGAGGACCGAGGGCUUGCGGGCCUUCUACCGGAGUUACACCACGCAGCUGACCAUGAACAUUCCCUUCCAGUCCAUCCACUUCAUCACCUACGAGUUCCUGCAGGAGCAGGUCAACCCUCACCGGGGCUACAACCCACAGUCCCACAUCAUCUCAGGAGGACUGGCCGGGGCGCUUGCCGCAGCAGCCACCACCCCUCUGGACGUGUGUAAGACCCUCCUCAAUACUCAGGAGAACGUGGCCCUCAACCUGGCCAACAUCAGUGGCCGGCUGUCAGGCAUGGCCAACGCUUUCCGGACGGUGUACCAGCUCAAUGGCCUGCCUGGCUACUUCAAAGGCAUGCAGGCCCGCGUCCUCUACCAGAUGCCUUCCACGGCCAUUUCCUGGUCCGUCUAUGAGUUCUUCAAGUACUUCCUCACCAAGCACAAGCUGGAGAGUCGAACUCCAUACUAAAGGGACAGGCUGUGGGCAGUGAUUCCAGAAUCUUUUAUUUUUAAAAGGCUUUCCCUGCCUGCUUCCUUUCUGUUGCCCUCACAGCAAGAUUAUUUUUGCAGGGUGUUCGCAGGGUGGGCCUACCGCUCCCGGACGCCUUACAGAAAGGAGAGGAUGGGACAGCACCUAGCAGAGGCUGUCCACAGGGACAUCCGAGGUGUGGCAGGUGGGGAAGGAUUUUGAAAGGGGAGCAAGACAUUGCUUUUUCUCUUCCUCCCCUGAGAGGAAGCGUAGCUUUUCUGCUUCACCAUGACAGGCUCCUCCCCUAGAUUUGUAGAUCACACAGGUGGGAAGAAAAUGUGCAGUGAGUGAAAACAUGACAGCAAAAAGGAAAAAAAAAGUAUAUAAAAGUUCAGUACACAAUAUAAAAUGGAUGGAUAAUGUUUAUCCUUUAUUUUUCUAUGUAGAGGUUUUUGGAUUUGUGUGUGCGCCUACGCGUGUGUAUGAAUAAGUGUGACAGCUGGGACUACAAAGCUGUUUUUUUUUAAUAGAGGGCUGAAUUCUAUUGGGUUAAGUAAAAGGCACCAAAGUAAUAAAUUGCUGGAUGUGACCUAAAAUUUUGUUGAGCCCCCAGAUGGGAAAUUUCACUUGAAUGUAAAAAUAAUAAACGUAAGUUUAUAUUUUGAA